GAGCUUACACUCGGCCGCCACAGGAGGCGCUGUGACCAGGAAGUUAGUGUCUGUAACAGAAGAAGAAGAAGCCGGAGCAGCAGCAGCAGCAGCAGCAGCAGCAGACAGAGUUGUGCCUUCUUCAGGGUCGUCAUGGAGACCGCUGUUGCCAUGGAGGACCAGAGUGACGUCGCCAUGGCACUGAAGCCAGAAGUCCAACCCUCAGAUCAGACACCUUCCGACAAAGAUCCGAAGCCCAACGCCCGCCUGCCUCGCCGUCGCAACCUGGGGAGGCGGAGCCAGAGAGCGAAGAGGCGGAGCCCUGCGGAGAAGAGGCGUGUCCCGGGUGAAAAGAGGCGUGGCCAGAAGCAGAAGAGGCGGGGCCAGGAGGACCAGAAGGAGGGCGUGACGGUGAAGAGGACGUGGAGCGGGGGGAAGCGGCGCUGGGAUAAGAAACAUUACUGCGUGUUCUGUCGGAGGCCGCAGGUGAAAAUCGCUCGUCACCUCCUCAGGAAACACGGCGACGAACAGGAAGUAGCUGCAGCCAGCGCUUUACCGCCUGGAUCCAAGCAGCGCCACCUGCUGCUCGAACACCUGCGCUGCAGAGGCAACUACCUGCACAACAUCGAGGUGAUCAGACAGGGCAGUGGUGAGAUUGUCCCCUGGCGUCAGCCCUCAGAGGACGUGGAUGCCAGGAACUACCUGCCGUGUCCUCUGUGUCUGGGCUUCUUCCUCCGGGCUGAGCUCUGGAAGCACCAGGUGUCCUGUCGGAAGAAGCUCGCCAUCGACCCGUCCAAAGACUCCGCCUCCACGCCGGAGACCAGGGACACCGGGACCUCGGACCCGCCUCCGGAGGACAGACCCUCUGAGACGGGAACCAAACGGCCCCCGACCUCCGACCCCACGGAUCAGAACGCGACCUCCGACCCCGACCUGAACCGGCCCAGGAAGAGAGCCAGAGUCCAGGCGGCGGCUUCGCGCCUCCUCCCCAUCUCCAGCGGAGCCUCGGAGAGCUGCAGCGAGAUCCUGCACCGCAUGAACCAGGACAGCGUGUCCCACCAGGUGAAGUCUGAUUGGCUGAUCUGUAAGUAUGGGAACAAGUUGAUGGGGAACCAGGACGGAGGCCAGAAGAGAUACGACUACGUGAGUCAGAAGCUGAGGGAACUGGGCCGUUUGCUGCUGGCAGCCAAGUCCCUGGACUCUGGGAUCCAGAACUUGCAGGACCUCCUGGCCCCGGGUCGCCUCAGUCUGGCGCUGUCCGCCGCCAGGAAGGCGUCGGGGUACCGGUGGAGCCGCCCCCCUUUGGCCGUCAAGACCACGCUGAAGACGGUUUGUGAGAUCGCCAUCGGAGAGAAUCUGCAGGACGGGGACUGGGAGGUGGCGGCAAAGACCACGGACUUCUACCACAUGCUGGGCCGGGAGUGGGACAACCUGGGUCUGCAGAACCCCGGUCCAGAUACAGCCGGCCCAGAGGGCGGAGCCCCAGGGGGAGGAGCCCCAGGGGGAGGAGCCCCAGAGGGCGGAGCCAAAGCCAAGAGACGGCCCGUCCAAGCCAGGGAGGAUCCAGACCAAAGACCAGAGGUUCUGACCAAGACCUGUUCCAGACCAGUGGGUUCCCUGGUCCCGCCAGAGUCCAGACUACAGGCUCCUGCCUCAGGUCCCGUGGCUCCGAGGAAGGUCCAGCGCCGGCCCUGGUCUUCUGCAGAGAAGGAGGCCAUAUGGAGGCAGCUGGGAGUCCACGUCCUGGUCCAGUCGGUUCCGGGGAAGGAGGUCUGCCAGCGCUGUCUGGACCUGGAGCCGGUCCUCAAAGGGAGACACUGGAAGGACAUCAAGAACCAGGUCCACAACCAGAUCCAGAGCCAGAAGAAGCAGCAGUUCCACGCCCAGAUGGACCUAGAAGAGAACCAGGGCCACCAAGACCACACUCAAAACCAGAACCAGAAGAAGCAGCAGUACCAGGUCCAGGUGGACCAGCAGGACAAGGACAACACCCAGAACCAGAAGACACAACAGUACCAGGCCCAGGUGGACCAGCAGGACCAGCAGGACCAGAAGAGACAACAGUACCACAUUCAGAUGAACCACCAGACCCAGGACAGCAUCCAGAACCAGAAGAAACCACAUGACCAUCCCCACCAGGACCACCAGGAUCACCAACCCCACCAGGACCCCCUCAGCGUUCUCAAAAAGCAGGUGUGCCAUACGAGACUAGAACCCCAGAGACUAGACCACAUCCCGGCCCAUAAAAAACAGCUGUACCACCUGGACCAGCAGAACCACCCUCUGCAGAGCCUGGACCGGGACCCCCCAAUCCUCACAGUACCACCUUACCUACCAGACGGACCUCAUCGAGCCCCCGGACCGCCCCUGCUGGACCGGGACCCGAUCAGUCCGUACCCCCUUCUCCACCGGCACCAGGGGCCUCAUCUGGACCAGCUCCUGUCCAGGGCCGAGUGGACCGAAGAGGUUCUGGUUCAGAACUACCCCAUCAGCAGGCAGCUGGGAAGGAACCUGCUCCAGGAGGUCCCCCCAGGAGGACCCCCGCCUGAUCCACAUUCUGGACACGUACACUUCUAGAGACCAGAUCUGUUCUUCUUCUAGAGGACCUUGAACACUAACAAUGGAACCGCCCAACCUGUCUGCAGGUCUGAGGACUGUUUUGAUGUUCUGGAUCUGGUUCUCUCUGGGUCCCAGUACUCCUCCAGUCCAGGGAUACAAGUGACACCGUCUUGUUUGGAUCCAGGUCCAGGUCCAGUUCUCUGGGUCCAGGUUCAGGUCCAGUUCCAGUUCUCUGGGUCCAGGUCUCUGACUCCAGGUUCAGGUCCAGUUCCAGUUCUCUGGGUCCAGGUCAGGUCCAGUUCUCUGGGUCCAGGUCCAGUUCCAGUUCUCUGGGUCCAGUUCUCUGGGUCCAGGUCCAGUUCUCUGGGUCCAGGUCCAGGUCCAGUUCUCUGAGUCCAGGUCCAGUUCUCUGGGUCCAGUUCUCUGGGUCCAGUUCUUUGGGUCCAGUUCUCUGGGUCCAGGUCCAGGUCCAGGUCCAGGUCCAGGUGUAUAGUCUGUAUAAAUGAUCCUGUUGUAACGACUUUGUGUCUUUGUGUGUUUUUAUUGUUUGUGAUGAAAUUAUUUUACGGUUUAAAAACACAGGAUAUUAAUUAUUUUAGCUUUAACGAGACCUCGUUAAGAUACAGCAGGUAAUUAUAACACACCUGUCCUGAGGACGUCCUCCCAGAAGUGUUGAGGCUUCCACAGGGGACUGGUCCUGGGGUCCAGGGACUAACUACAGGUCUACUCAGCCCAGUUAGGUCCCUGUGGUCCCUUUGUGUUCAGUCUGUCAUCGUUUCUAUCAGACCCCUUUAAUUAACCUAAAUUAUUCUAAUGAACCACAACGUAAAAGCACUGUGUGAUAUUCAUUAGUUGAUUGGUAGUAAAUGUUUAUUAAUUAAUUUGUCAGGUUCAAGUUCUUUCUGUGACCACUAUGGGUUUUUAUUUCUUUAUAUCUUUAUAUGUAGUGAACGUUUGAUACCAGAUGGAGGUAAAACUCCUU